GACAUCAGAUCGAGGCCUGCAGUGGUAACUAAGUGAGCAAAAAUGGCGGCCAAAACGCAAUGGAAGGUUGCACCCCCGGAACCACAACAACACCAGAAAUAACACCCUUGUCCCACGAAUAAAGAUAUGGAGGGAAUAUAUGAAUCGUCGGCCUCAGAAAAGGUCAGAGCGCAAGAAGAAGAGUUAAAGAAAGAGCUGAAGGAACUCCAAAAUGAGAUCGAAGAGGGGAAUUUUUUGCGUCCAGGCCAAGUCAAAGCGCUUGGAUCUGUUCCCCUUCCUAAAGACAUCGAGCACUUUAGACGUGAGCGCAAACUUGCUGUCUCAAAAACCUUAACGAUAAGGGAAGCCCAACCACUGAUUAACCAGUCAGAGGUAAUGAGAGAGGAAAUGGAGACAAGUGUCAAAUCAGAGUACUCACCCAAGAGCAUUCCACUACUACUGCAUCAGUUUUUUUCAGAUCGAAUAGAGCAUCUUGUGCAGUGCAAACACAUGCAUAUGUUAAGAUGGGCACGGUUCAAUGAGCAUUCUAAGGCAAUUGAGAAUCUGUAUCCUGCUUAUCAACAGAGACUCAGCCACAUCAUGGAAGAGUACCAUGAUGCUUUUCAAAGAGCUCGCCGACUGGCAGUGGCACGGGAGGCAUCACUGGCUGGCAGUGAGUCAGCAAUGGGCGCGGUCACUAUAGAGGAUCUGCUCAUCUAUACGCGAUGGCUUGUGUGCUAUAUGCACUCUGUAAAAAGGAUGCAUUCCUUUUUAAGGGUUAUAGAAUGGCUCCCUGUGAUGCACAAAAAUACCAUAAAGCCUCAAGAAAUUGAAAAAGAUGAACCACCAUUAGAAGUAGAGUCCAAACCAUCUGGACCCCCCAGCAGGGCCCGCGGCAACCUUAAACGCAUCAUGAGUCAAGUGGCUAUCACCGCCCACCUCAAUGUGCUGCGGCCCAUGGCCAAACCCGAUGCCAGCCUCCCGCCGCCUCCUCCUCUCAGCUUGUCCCCUUAUCAGCUUGUCUCGGCUACCAACCCCUCGGUUGCAGCAGCUGCUGCAGCAUCGGGUGGCGGGCUUGCGUCAAAUGAAGUUCACCUUGUGCUGCCGAUGCAUGAGACCAAUCUUCCUAAGUUGAUGUUGCUUCUGGAGUUCCUGAUGAGCUGUUACUCUGUAGAUAUGGAUAUCCACCAAAUCAACACGAAUGCGGAUGAGAUGGAUCUCUUCACCAUGGUCACUAGACGAUUCAAGAAGGUUUUCUCCAAGCAAGAGCAACUAAGAACAUUUCCUAUAUAUGACACUUCUGUAGAGGAGCUUGGCGUCGCCAAGGUCAGGAGUCAGGGAGCACUCUACACAUUUAAGCAGACGUCAAACUGGUUACCUUUUAUCAUGCUAAGGCCUGAGAAGGAUUCCAAUCAAAUCAAAGCGAUGGCCAAACUCAAGCAACAAGGGCAAAUAGACGAGCUUUUGAAGUCUCACUCGAGGUUCCUUCACAUCCAGGACAGUUCUCGUGUGAUCCAUGCCUUGCGCGAACACGCCAAGGCAGUGAUUGAGCCUCCAAAGCCUCUUCCAGCCUCAGUCACCACUCAUCGCACCCAGAACGACACAGCUGCCGUGUGGAAAAAGAUAUUCACCUAUGCUUCUUCCAGUGUGACUCGAGACGAUGUUCUAGAAUUUGACACCAAAGUUAGCGAUGAAGAUCUAGGCGGUAGUGACCAGGGAGGCUUUGAUCUCGGGACGGCUGUCGAAUUGCUUGGGCUGGAGGAUGACAACGCUAAGAACCAGGGGAGCAUGCUACAAGGAGCCUACAUGUCUUUCCUUCUGCUUAGACACCUGAGACUCAGAGAUCUUCAGAGGACGUGUCUGGGAAUAUUGAACUAUUUCCGCUCUGUUCAACGUACGAUGACCAUUAACGAUGGUGGUCUAUCGCUUGAGGGAGGCAAACAAAGAUCUUCCAAGUAUCAGGUGUUUCACGGUGGUGGUAUCUCAGGGAUUGGAAACCACCAGUAUGUCCACAAUACCCCAGCAGAUUACAGGGUUGACCAAGCCCAGUUCAUGGAAUUCUCAGAGCUGGAGAAUCAUGACGAUUUCUAUUCACAAGAGGAAGGUCGCGUGCACGUACAGGAUCAACGUGGUUAUUACAUCACAUAUGACUCGGCCCUGGAUGACUUCAAGAAUCUAGAGACCGAGCUUCUUUUGGUAGCCUCCCAUUUUAUCACCAAAGACAAGGAAUUCCGAAAUCCUAAACCAUCGGCAAAGUACCGUGGGGACCACCUGGAUAUCGCAUCAUACAGUCAUCAGCAGAUUGACAGGUUUGCUGUGCUGCUUGACUUGUGGACAAAUGAGGCUGCUUACCUCGAGAACAAGCGGCAGCUGUUGGACUGCUAUUUCGAGGCCUAUCAGCAUGUGUUCGACGCUAGUGAGAAGAAGAACCUUGCGCAAGUGAUGACCAACGUGGUCUCCAUGCGCCCGCGGUUCGACUUUACUGCGGAUUACUUUGUCCGUAUUUAUCGCGCGGAGUGUGUUAACCUUCGCCUACACUGCAAUUUGAUCAAAGGAGUCCUCGACAAACAGAUAGACGAGGAGAGGGAAUAUUUGCAGAAGGUCUGUCGGGAGGACACGUCAGGGCUAUUCGGCCUUCCUCAUCGCGUCAUUCCCCAACAACAUAUCGCAGUCAACAUCAGCAGGCCUGCUCUCCAGUAUAUCUACAUGCUAGAGUUCCAUCCUUCACUUGCUCUAGCUGCCAAGAUACCCAAAGCGCUAAGCCAUGUAUUCAAGACGUUUCAGAACCUGCAAAAGCCCAAGAGCACGGGGGAGAUCAUCUCAAUGGAGAGACGGAUGCUUGAAGUGGUACAGAAAGAAUGGGACUUCCUGCAGCCCUCGGGGAAUGACUUUGCAGUGCAGACACAAAAAGACCUGUUUUCUGAGGUGUUUGUUGAAGACCCUUUAUUCGUCUGCGAAGUGGCCCAGUCGCUAAUCACUGCCGAGGAGAAUAAGAAAGGAGGUGGACGCAAAUCCGUUAAAGAGAAACAGCAAAUUCUUACCAGAAUCUGGUCAAGGAUCCUCGAGGUCAUCACCCUCCGGCACCGGCUUAUUAUGGCCUCUCAAGAGACAUCAGUAGUCACCAAGAUCUACCGAAGACGCGCCAAAGAGAUCGGAUUUGACGAAUACCACGCGUUCCUGCGUAUUGUCUCUUUCGACUUCGCCCAGACAAAACCCGAAGCGGAUACCGACACUGUAUCGAUCACUCUGAUACAAGAGGAUGAUAGUCGUAUCGACAGGUACACGCCAGCGUAUCUCCCACUUGCCAUACAGGAGCUUGAUGAGAAACACGUGGGCAACUUCAGUUUCCGCACAAGAGAAGGCUUUAUGCAUAUUGUUUCUGAUAGUGGCGUGGACAAGCUUGGGGUAGUGCUGAUGACACAGAUUUGCCAUAAGAAUAUCAUCAUAUCCAGCUUACUGCGGAUGGAUGGCUGUGCUGCAGUGAUCCGCGCCGUGAAGGCGAAGGCAGCGACGGCCGAGAAAAGUGGUGGCAGCGGGUUAUCUCCUCGCUCGUCACGUGAUCAGUCCCUGACCAGUCGCCGUAACUCGGUGGAAGAGAGUCCAUCGCACCUCAGCGCUUUCUCCACUAAGAGGCUGGACCGCGAGUUCGAGCGCAAGAUGCAGGAAGUCUUCGUGUCUGUUCAGCUAGAGAAGACGUUCUUGCGUGACAAGAUGUUGAACGAGUACAUCCGCAAGAAGGAACAGCUGGGGGUCACGCUGAAGAGCAUAGAUGAAGUCGUCAAACUCAAGAGAAAGUUGAUCAUGGACUUUAACACCAAUCUUCACAAACGUGUUACACAGUAUUCGCUACAAGCACAGAUUGUUGCCUACACCACAAGCUUGUUGGAUCUGAUGGGUGACUUUCCCACCACAAGAGAUGCACAUUUCAUGAUUGGCGAGGAAGACGAGAAGAAAAGCGAAGAAGACGAUGACCCAACACCGGACCCCAAACACUUCAAGUCACGUCCGAGAAGAAUGCUAUCAGUGGAUGGCAAGAAACUCAUGAAUCUCUGGUUUAUCCCACACUACACAGAGGUGAUGAAGAUGUUCUCUAAAGAAAAGAUUGACACAAGAAAUCGCGCCCUGACGGUUAUGUUGGAAUUGGUCUCCUCCAUGCACGACAUUUGUCAAUACCUUUGUGCGCAUGCGCGACUGGGGAGCUCCACUGCACGACUAGGGACGCAGAAGCUGGAGUUCUCUGGAGUGACUGCAGACUGGGGAGGAACGGAAGGGAUAGGAGCAGAACUGAGGGAAAUCCAAAGGCAGAUCAAUCACCUGGAAAACCCAACUGACCCUUAUGAGGUUGCGGAGUUUCUGGUUAAGCGUCGUGAUAACCUUUUCCUAGAAGUGGAUAUCUCAGUCAGUCAUUCCGUGCGCGACACCUUCCUCUCCACUGGGAACGAGGCUGCUUACAGGAGUAUCACGGAUAACAUGCACUUUGCUCUUCAAGAUCUCAGCAACCUGCCGAGGCCGAACAUGUACAGCACCCAUGUGGCUGUUCCUGGGCCACUUGGCGCGAGGGAUAACCUCGGGAGAGAGCUCUACCCCUGGCGUUCAUUUAUGCAGAGGUAUGGCCCGUUUCCCAUGAUGUACUGGCAGUGGUACGCGAUAGGUGAUCACAUGCAACUAUGUCUGGCAGGACUCAAGGAAGUCGACAGACAUGUUGUGAACGGCGAGAUUCUUGGCGUGUCUCUCCUACUUGAGGACGUCCUACAAGCGGGCCUACCUGACAUGUUCUUUAGCAAGCAAGAGGACGAGAUCGGUAGCUCAACCUCGCCACGCUCUCGGCCAGCCACGAGCUCCUCCCGACGUCCAACGAGCCGGCAGAGCGACACCUCCGAGGAUGGCACGGGCGUGAGUGGCAAAGAUCCGAAAUCAGCUGAAACUACAGGUUAUGGUGAUAUUCCCAAGGGUAAAUUGUCGCACAGUACGAACCCCAAGGCGGCCGUUAAGCUGAUCAACAUGUUCCUGUUGAUCUGCUCGAGGCUUGAGGUGCUCAAGACAGACUGGGGCUGCAGGAAACUCGGCGUUAACGAGAUUUCCUCUACCAAGAACUACCGCGCGUUCCUUAAGUUGUACAAGAUCGACGUGCUUCAGUCGGUUUACCAACAAAUCGCUGCAAAACUUGGGCUGGGUCAGGAGUACGCUGCUUUGGGCGUACUCACAAGUGACGACGAGCCGCUGGCCACACCGCCUGGAGCGACAGAGAUGGAACUCAAAAUCAAACAGCUGGUGCGACUGCUAGAGAAUCUCGAGUGCAGCAUGAUCUCUGACGUCUUGAGGAGGAUAUCACGUGAGCACACUCUGGUGGUGUCGGAAAGAGGUCGGGAUGACACGACGCUACCCACGGAUCUCUGGAAGAAACCGGUGAUGAAGGAGAACUCGACCAUCACUAAGCCACACCUGGUGGAGAACUUCGUACUUGACUUGAUGGCAGGGCACAUGGACGACGGCGAGACCAUCGAGUUCACACGGGAACAUCUAAACAAGUGUCUUCUUCGACUGGCGACAGAGACGAAUCUGAGGGAAAGGGUGUGCUUCGAAAGUUACGCUAUGUACUACGAGAGCCUUCUUCGUCAUCAGCACCAGCUGUUAUUCAUGAGAGAACAGGAAAUAAAGCAAUGCCAAGAUCAGAUGGAAGCAAACGCUGUGGCAACUGUCGUAGAUGUACACUGCCAGUUGGCUGAUCGGAGCCACGAACAACUUCUAGAAAUUACAGCUCUUCGUGCUAAAAUUAUGGAGAUGAGAGAUUCUAUUAUGAACCAGGAAAAAGAGCUGAGAGAGAAGAUCAAAAAAGAUUUCGCGAAUCUCGUUCAAGAGCUUUUCAGCAACUGCUUCGAAAUGAAGAACAAGUUUGAAGAAUUCAGGUUAUUUUUGUACGACGAUGUCCACGAGAGCCUUAAUGACGUCAGACGGCAAGCACUAGAAGACAUGCGCGAGAAGUCCGGAUCAAUGAAAGCCGUAGGUACUGACCCAGUGCUAAAGAAGUGCGAUCAAAUACGCGACAUCCAGGAAGAUAACACUAACCUCGGACAGAUGUUCUUAAAAAUGAAGACGAUGAAUAACUGGAAGAAGACAAGGCUUUUCUUACGAUAUCACGACUCGGUGGAUAGCUUACGGGAUGAAGCAGACCGGGCUAAGCGGGAGUGCCUUGAAGUCAAGAAACUGGCAGAGGAGAAGGCGAUUCUUAUGAAACAAGAGCAAGCAGCGCUCCGACAGGCCUUGUCUGAGUUGGAAAAGGAAUGCCAAAGACUUCGACGAAAACUCCAGUUUGAGCAAAAAUCCAAGAUGCAGAAGAUGCACGCGCAGAUACAGGAACAGCAGAGUCUGCGUCAGCUUGAGCUCGCCAAGUCCACCAAUAUCGACAAACUGAUUUCGGAUCUGGAAGAGAAGGAAAUGCGUCUACGUCUUUUAACAGAGAACCUCGAUAGGGAUCAAAGACGGAACAUGUUCCAACAAGGGCAGUCGAAGAAGACCCUGAAGCAAAUGAUGAUGCAACUGGAGCAUGAGCGUAGCCUGAAGCUCGGCGCAUUCGAGAGGGUCGAGGAGCUUCAGAGAACUAUCUACGGCCAUAGUCCGUCGCGACCACAUUCAAGUGAAAGCAUGAAUGGGGAAGCACCGCUGGACAAGCGCCCGUUUACCUCGUGGCUCCCUGCUCCUGAGUCGGUCUCAGUCCCCCAGCGGUCAGCUUCCGUCAUGGCAUCCAAGUCGACGAGUGUCCCUGGCAAGCCCCUGGGGGGUGGUGUGUGGCCUCCGCCCGUGUCUUUCCCUCGGCCUUCCCCUGAGCUUACCAUUGGAUCCACCUCACCUUCAUUCAAGAUCCAACGACCGAAAACGCAUAGCGGGAGACUGCGAGGCAAGAUUACCGAGAAUCUUUUGAGCGACUUGGACCAGGAUGGUAUGGAAAUUAGACGGGCGCCACCUUUGUAAAAAUCGUAGCGCAACUUCAGGAGAAGCAGUGCAGAGCUUGCGUGACAAACACUGCAAAAGUAGCAAAAGCAAUAACUGCAGAAAUACCUCCAACGACCAGCAGCAAUAGCCAAAAGCAGGAGAUUUAAACAACUGUGACAACACCAGUAGUAUCAACAACAACAACAACAACAACAACAACAACAAAACAAGAAGAAUAUUACAAGCAACACUGUGUGCACCGUUUGGGAAUAUCACCAACUUUUACCGCAAGCAACCAACCAUUUUGUCUACUAUGGAGUAGAUAUGUCUUGAGACUUUAUUUUCUAAGGACGACCAAUCUUUUGGCACUUGUAAAUAUAUUUUAAAACGUAAUUUUUUGUAAAGAAGUGGUAUACUAUUGAAAUAAUAUUUAUUUUAAUAACUUUUAUUAAACACAGCAAUGGGAACAA